AUGAUGGUAACAUGGAACCCAGCACUCAACCAAACAGCAUCGAAUAAGCAAAGGGAAGAAGAUUGGGAAAAUCUAGAGCGCUUCAGGAGGCUCCUGGGCGUGCCGGACAUGGACCUUUCUCCAGAGGUCGACCUUCUUUUCUGCCGAAGGACCUUGGAGAAGGCUUUUCAGAAAGGAGACCUCAGUCCCAGACUUGGCAACUCAUUCUCACGGAUGACGCUCAAUUUUCUUGAAGAGGACGAGGUGUACAAUCAAUGGAUAAGCACCUCUCAUUCUGCUCUCUUCUUGAUCAGCGGCAGGACAAAACCCGAGUCCCGCGACGGGCAUAAUACUUGCUCCUGGCUGUCUAUGGCUUGUAUCCAUGUGGCUGAAAAGCUACGUGCAGACGAUAGCUUCACGCUGUUCUAUUCAUGUCAUCCCAAUCUCCGUGCCGACGACUUCGUCCCAUGGCAGGCGCCACUCUCGGCGCUGGCAUACCAGGCGCUAACCCACAGACCGGAGGUGCUUCGGCACGACAAUCAACAUCUACGAUCCCUGGUACACCAGUGGCAGGAAGAGAGCUACGACCGGAAGAAGCUGAGCAAGAUGGUUCAAACGCUGCGCGAAUGCCUCGCGAACGCUAUUGUCGACUCUCAGAAGCCGCUGUACGUCAUUCUCGACAGGGUCGAUCUUUGCGAUGGCUCGAAGAGUCUGAAACGGCAUUUCCUAAAGGAGUUGGUGAGUCUGGCUAGCGACAACUCCUUAUUUGUGAAGGUGAUGCUCGUUGUGGACUCGACCUUAUGGGAGGGCCUGGAUGAUGUGUUUGACGAUUUGAAGGAUGGAGCAAAAGACCGCCUGCUCGGGAAGCUGGGAUGGCAUCAGAGGGAACAUGCUCAGCAUUUACCCUCUCCUGAGUGGUUGUAA